AUGUCCUUGACAUACCAAGGGAAUCCCUAUGAUCCGCAGGCUCUCAGCUCCGGUCUUUUCUCUCGUGUGACGAAAGAUCCUGAUAGUGCUAUCAUAGUCAACAGUAUUCCACAAGAACGCUCUGCUAAACGAAAUGCCCAACAAAUUAAUUAUGCCGAAUUUGACAACAUCAAUGAUGAUUUUGAAUACGACGAGGAAAGAAAUGGCUCCAACAACACAAUCCCGAGCGCUAGCACUCAUGUGGUAUCAUCUGUUCCCAAGCAUUUGUUGAAAGCUGCCAAACUUACCAAGCCUAUCAGCGCAUGCGAUAAGGAGCAGGCCAUUGCAAAAACGGGGGAGCAACUUCUCGUGCCCAUCAAGCUAAACAUUGAGUAUAAUUCGGGAACGUCCAAAUUAGUGGACUUUUUUAUGUGGAGUGUUGACGAGAGCCUCGUUUCCCCGGAACAAUUUGCUUCUAUACUCACAUCGGAUCUAGAAUUACCAACGCAUGUUAAUCAGGAUAUCGUGGAUGCAAUUACCAAGCAAAUUGAGGAGUAUCAAAGCAUAUUGACAUGCCCUUUGCCGGCUGGUCAGGAUUAUUUUGUCAUAAUUGAGCUCUCAGUUAACCUUGACAAAAAGUUGUAUGAAGACAAGUUUGAAUGGGACUUACAACAAACAGAACUUUCACCCGAGGAUUUUGCGGAAACUGUUGUUGGAGACCUAGGACUUUCACUCGAAUUUAAACCUGCGAUAGCUCAUUCGCUUCACGAGACGAUAUUAAGAAUCAAGCGGGAAAUCCUUGAGGGGACAUACAACAACGAGCUUAUCAAAUAUCAACAGCUUUCGGGUCUAAUUUUUGAAAGUAGCAUCAGAAUAAGAACUGACAGCAGCUUACACAAUGGCAACGCUGUUUGGGAACCUUUCAUUGAGAUUUUGAGCCCGUGGGAAAUCGAAAAGCGUGAAAUUGAAAGGGAACGUAAUACACGGCGUCUCAAACGUGAAAAUAUGAGACGGGAGGUCGAUGACCUAAGCGGCACGAAACGUCGGGCAAUCACAAGAAGAAGAGAUGAAAAUGACUGGAGAUUUUGA